AUGAAGGUGAAUGUCGCGGAGAAGCUCAGCGACACGGAUCUGAAAGCGAAGGUCACACUUGGCAACCAGGGUGUCAACGUUCAAGACGUUGAGAGGAACUGCGCAGCUCGGACCACCAAAGACGUGGAUGCCGAGUUUCCGUUGCUGCUGGACUCCAUCGGGUACAUGUGCGUGUCUUUCGUACAGAAGGGACAGGACUUCCAGGAGCUCAUCGAUAUCAUGGACCAGCUCAACAUCGUACAGGCCCGCGUAGUCCUUUGCAUAUCCCCACGCAUCUUCCAUGCUUUCAGACCUGAGCUGCCCGAAGAUCGAGAAGCCUCAGGCUGUCAUGUUAUCCGUGAUGUUUUAGAAGUGCAGCAGCAUGCUGGCCUGACGCUGUGGUCUUUUCAAGGCUCUCACCAACAUCGGUGGCAUUAUCGCCAAGUCCCAGGCCCUGAUGGUGGUCCGAGACGAUCUAGGCGUGGAGCUGGAGCUCGAAAGAGUGCCCUUCUGGAAAUUGCUCAUCCGCAAAGCCAAGGCUUCGCCGUGCAAGUUCUCAUGUACGUAGAGCGGUGCAAGAGUCUUGAUUUGCAUGCCAACUAUGGAGAGGAUUCCGGGCUUGUAGUCAUCAACGCUAUGCAGAUGGUCGUGAGCAUGUGA